GUGAAAGUGACUUGAAGUGGAAUCGUGUCGUUUUUUUGCGUUUCUGCCAUUCAGAGUGAGCGUGCGCUCUGCACCACACGCCUGAGGACAAUACCUGUGUUUUGAUUUCCUCUCCGGAGCAGGGCCCUGUUGAAAGGACUGAUAACUGGAGAGGCGUUAAGUGUUGAGCAGGGUCAACUGAAGUUGAAGAUUCCCAUUGUCUGUGACGCCCAAUGUUUGUUGCGAUGCAGAUCCGGUGAAGAGCGUGGUGAAACAGAGAAGACACUGUCUGUACUAUUGGGUUUUGAUGCAGAGUCUAAAGUCAAGUUAGGAUUUGUCAGUUAUCCCGUGAGAGCUUUUGUCCCAAACCCAUUAUGGUGUUUUAGGUGUCAAGCUUAUGGUCAUGUGGCAGCAGUGUGUAGGAGGGAGAAUCCUAGGUGUGAGAAGUGUGCAGGAGGACUUUAGACAUAGGUAUGUGUAGUAUCUUUGGAAAACGUUGUAUGUUUAACUGUAGGGGUACCCACAUGGUGCUGGAGAUCAGAGGUGUCCAGGGAGAGAAAGGCAGGUUGAGGUUGCCAGCAUCAGAGUAGUACAGAAGGUGUAGUAUGCUGAGGCAGGGAAGAGAAUAGUAGAGGAAGAUGGAUGAGGGAUCCUGGACCAAAAAAAAGGAAAGGGAACCUAGUCAGUUGUCCAACUGAAUGUAUUCAACUGAAAUGUGACUUACGCAUUUAACCCAACCCCUCUGAAAUCAGUAGAGUGGUAGGAAUAGCAUGUGCUUCAGUAUGUUUGUUUUUUUGGGCAUUCAUAGCCAUGGUGAUCAACUGUACCGCAGGAAUGGAAUGAAAAUCACAGAGGAUAGAUGUUGUGGUGGCAGCUGUAAGAGAAGUACUUGGGUGUACGAGAUUUUACUGUAGAAGAGUUACAAGGUGAUUUAAACAAUAGUGUCCCGUCCUCUUAGGCUGCUUUCCUGGUGCAGGAUCAAAUGGGGCCAAAGUAGUGGAAUAGUGGUGAGGUUUUAAUGGGUGUAGGGUUAGUUGGUUGGGCAAUUUUUUUCACAUAGUGUAAUGAAUUCAUACUACAUGAUAGUAGGCUGAUGCAGAGUCAAUACAGUAGGUGGUGGCAUGCACCUAUAAUAUUUAUUUGCGGCCCUCCAUAAUGAAGAAGAAGUUAAAAAGAAUAAUAAUAAUAAUAACAACUGUUUCCCAUAGUGCUCCAGUGCACCACGCUGGCGUGACUUGACGCUUUGUGUGUUGGUGACGGUGGCAGUGAGCCCAAGACUCGUUUUUUGGUCAGUGUGUGUGAAGUGCUGGAUUGCCAGUCAUCUGUGAUUUUAUAUCGGAAUAACGUUGACGUAACCGAAUAGGCUCUGACAUUGUGAAGACGUCAUGGAUUUCGCGUGAAUCUCCGAUUUUUGAUCACCUCGACAACAUUGUUUUGAAGGCCUGUAGCUACUGCUAACUAACGUUACAGGAAAAACUCGAGCUACUGUGGCUAGCUAGCGGUGAAUCCUGGGCCGAGGAAAACAAGUGAGGCGCUGGUGCUAAUUGUUGUCGUUUUUGGAGUUAUACUACUCAAACCCUUUAAUCGUCUUAUGAAUUCGAAUGGUGGAUAUAAAACAUCGUAACAAACUGUCAGACUUCUUUCCCUAGCCAUUUAAUAGCAACUUAGCAAUAACAAGCUAACUAACUUAGCUUAUUAGCUACUUAUUCCAGCGCUUGCUAGCAAGCCAGCUAAUGCUGAAGUAUUAAUUUAGCCAGCUAGCUAGCUGGUUGAAGUUCUUGGUAUGAUUUCUAAAGUACAGUAACUAUUUAAUAUUUGUGAUGUAUGUAAGCUUCGAGUAUGACACCGUUUGGUGUCAAUUGAGAGUAAUUCACAGGUUGCUACAUAUGUUAGCUUAGUAAAUUAGCCCAGUUACCUACUCUUAAUAUCUAAUCACACUAGUAAGUUCAGUUCGGCAACUAUAAAGGGUUAUAGCGAGGUAGCAAAGUUUCCCCAUCAAGUGUUUUUGAACAGCAAUACCAUUAAAGGUUCAUUUAAACCACCCAUUAGCAUUGAUCAGUCAGAUUCUUUCCCCUAUGAAGCAUCAUUGUCGAGAGUGGAUGUUGUCUGUAUCAGCAGAUUACGUUUGUUCUUCUUGGCACUGCUGAUUAACGGCCAACACGUGAGCAGCUGCAGGUCAUACAAACUUACUGAUCGGCCCUUGCGCGAUACUGACAAAAGACACAAUGAAUCGCUAUCUGCCAGUUGCACGACAGCACUUCUUGGGUGCAUUAACCAACACUAGCGUUGUGGUGAAGUCCAUAAGUGCCAUAGUGCUACUUCUGUAUCUGCUCUCGUGGGCAGUUGACACUCCAUACGCCCUGGGUGUGACGCCUGGCUACCUCUUCCCCCCUAACUUCUGGAUCUGGACCCUGGUGACCCAUGCUGUGGUGGAGCAGCAUGUGUGGGGAUUGGUGGCCAAUGUUGGGACUGUCAUGGCCUGUGGCCGGCUGUUGGAGCCUCUGUGGGGCGCCUUGGAGCUGCUAAUCUUUUUUGCCGUGGUCAACAUCUCUGCAGGCCUCCUGGCGGGCCUCUCCUACUUGCUCACGUACGUCGCCACCUUUGACCUGGACUACUUGUUUGCUGUGCGAGUCCAUGGGGCACCAGCUUUCCUCGGGGGGGUGUUGGUGGCCCUCAAGCAGACCAUGGGGGACACGACUGUGCUGCGGGUUCCACAGGUGAGGCUCAAAGCGUCCCCGGCGCUGGUCCUCCUCUGCCUGGCCCUGCUACGCCUCUCUGGCCUGCUGGAGAAUGCCGCACCACUGGCGGCCUACAGCUUUGGCGCCCUGGCAGGCUGGGUCUACCUGCGCUUCUACCAGAGGCACAGCCGGGGCCGUGGGGACAUGUCAGACCACUUUGCCUUUGCCUCCUUCUUCCCUGAAGCGGUGCAGCCAGUGGUGGGGCUGCUGGCCGGCCUGGUGCACGCAGCCCUGGUGAAGAUCAAGGUGUGCAGGAAGAUGGUGAAGCGCUAUGACGUCGGGGCACCUUCCUCCAUCACCAUCAGUCUGCCGGGGGUGGAUCCCCAGGACACAGAGAGGAGGAGGCAGUUGGCGCUGAAGGCCCUGAACGAGCGACUGAAGAAGGUGGAGGACCAGUCGGCCUGGCCGAGCAUGGACGACGAAGAGGACGACGAUGAGGACGAGGUUCGGGCCGACACCCCGCUGCUCUCUGGACAUGAGAGAACCUCGCCAGUAGGGGGGUCUAAUGGUUCCCAGAACACCACGGGACAGGAGUCCAGCAUCAUCAGCUUUGAGGACGCCCCCUCCAGCUCAUAACAGACACACUGAUACACUCAGCUAUACUAAGUUUUGAAUAGCACACACACUAGUGACUACACCCCCCACCCCCACACACACACACACACACACUAGCUCUAGCAGUUUUUGACACAUUGUCAGGCUUAUCAGUUUUUCGCUCUGACUCGCCGAAGUUGUACACAGAUUGCUCUCCUGGCCCCACCCGCAUAUGUCCAUUGAAACAUGAAUGCAAUGUACAAACACCUUGGACUCUCCCUAGUUUGUCACGUCUCUCCUGAAUAAACUAUUGAAUGGUUGUACAAAAUGUUUUUUUAAUUACAGCUCUUUUGACCCGAGACGCCUGCUCCACACCUGCUGCUCUCGUCUGACUCCCAGACCUUGUGUCUGAGACGCUACGACCGGAGCAGAGACUCUUGGCAAACUCUCCAUCUGUUGCUGUGUGUUGCUAUUGUCCCAGAGCAAGCUUUCAGCAGACGGAUGCAGAUUCUCAAUGGUUUUCUAGGUCAUCCUUUUGUGCUGAUUGGUGUUUAGUCUUUAAUGUCUUUGACAUCUUUUCUCUCUUCUCCAUCACUGAAAGACAGUUAUGGCCAAAUAUAUAUUGACACACUUGCACUUUUCUUAAAUAAUUCCCUAAUACUUCUAAAAUAAAUUAAAAACAAACAAACAGUAACCACACACUGUAUUUUUGACAUUGCAGAACCAAUUUAGCUUAUUUAUCAUUUUAGUUUAGUCCACCAACUGCGGUUUUCAGAUCUCGCCAAUACGUUUUUGAUAUGACUUUGCUGGCCACUUCAGAACAGUCCAGCAUCUCUUCUUAACCAUUCCUGGAUGCUUUUUGAUGUGUGUGUGUGGGGGGGGGGGGGGGGGGGGGGGUUGUUGUUGUCCUGCUGGAAGACCCACAGCCUUCAGUGGAGACACAUUUUCUGGACACUGGGUUCAACACUGGACUCCAAAACACCUGAUAAUCUGCUAAUUUCAAGCAACCCCACAGCAUUACCAAACCCCCCCCAUCUUUGAUUGUAGGGAGGGUGUUAUUUUCAUUGAAAUAAUAAAUAAUUUGUCAGUAAACCCAAAUCUGUAUUGCCAAAGAGUUCCGAUUUUGAUUCAUUGGUCCACAGAACCUUUUCCCCAGGAUUUAGGCUUGUUUAGGUGGGUUUUUGAGAAAUUCAAACAGGCUUUUUUUGUCUCCAGCAGUGGGGUCUUCCUAUGUUUACUAACAACCAAAUUAGGCAUUCAAAGAAAAUAACACCCUCCCUAAAAUCAACCAUGGGGAGGUUUGAUAAUGCUGUAGGGUUGCUUUGCUGCCUCUGGCAGUGCAGGACAUCAGGAAAUCUGCAGAUUAUCAAGGUGCUUUGGAGUGCAAUGUUCAACCAGGUGUCUUUGUCAAAGGUUGUGGAUCUUCCAGUAGGACAACAACCACAAACACGCAUAAAAAGCACCCUGGACUGUUCUAAUAGUCAGUGAAGGGUCCAGAUCUGAAUCACAUCUGUGACGAUCCAUCUAUGGCGAGACAGGGCACUUCUCAAACAUUGAAGAAUAAGAGCAAUUUGUUGCUGAAGAGUGGGCCAAAUUGCCAGGAGAAAAUGUACAGAAAGCUUAUUGAUGGCUACAGGAAGCAUUUGUUGGAACUACUAGCUCCUUUGUUGGAGUACUAGCUCCUGGGUGCCAAUAAUUUUGUUCAUGCCAUUUGUCUUUAUUUUCUAAAUUAAAAUUGUAAACUUAAGUUUGCAAAAAUAAAACUGGGUCUGCAAUGUGGAAAAUCCAAUAACAAUUGUGUGGAGACCAAACUUUUUUUUACUAUUUCAACUUAUUUUAGAAGGGUGUCAAUAUAUUUGGCAACAACUGUAGGUCUAGAUUUGACCCCCCAGCUAUUUUACCACAGCUAGAUCUUCUGUUUUCAAAUGUUUCCAACAUUUAUGGGGCACCUGAUAAUUGGACAAGUUGCUCUGUGGAUGAUGAUGAUGAUGUGGUUGUUUAUUGUUUAUUUUUGCUCUGAAGUCAGAGUUGGAUUACUCGAAGGGGAACCAUGGCCAUAAUAGAUUGAAGGUGUGUGGGUCUAUCUUCCUUUUUGUUCAUACUGUUGAUUUGUGUUCUGUCAGAAUCUUUAGUUUUUCUGGCCAGCCAGUUUAAUUUAGUUUCUUUUUACCCGAAUGAGUGUGUAACAGGGAGAGCUAGAAGACUAGAUGUUGUACACAGUGGUUUCCGGUCAUUUCUGAAUGGUUCUGGCCUGACAAAGUUCAGCAGCUUUUGACAAUGACGGAACAAUACAGCCACUGAUGCAGGCUCUCUUCUCCCCAGGGAACAUCUUGUCGAAAUCUCUUGCUCUUUGUUUCUUUCUAGUUUCUCAUUUUUUCCCCACUAUCUGUGUCACGUCUCUCUUGAGUCUUUAAAUCAAAUAACUUAUUUAUGAGGUUUGAAAUGUUAAGGUGUGGUGAAGGAUGCCAAUAUGGAUGCAGUUCUGUUUAAUUUGUUGGGGAAGGUGAAGGGGGCCCAAGGAUUGGUUCUGACGCCGUUCUGUUUAAUUUGUUGGUGAAGGUGGCCCAAGGAUUGGUUCUGACGCAGUUCUGUUUAAUUUGUUGGUGAAGGUGGCCCAAGGAUUGGUUCUGACGCAGUUCUGUUUAAUUUGUUGGUGAAGGUGGCCCAAGGAUUGGUUCUGACGCCGUUCUGUUUAAUUUGUUGGGGAAGGUGCCUCGAAGCUUGGUUUUCACAGAUUUUCCAUGCACCAGACAGGUUCCUCAGAUUUCCACUAACGAUGUGUUUCUCUUUGUACUGUGACCGUUGCGCAGACUCCUAUUUAGUUUCAGAUAUUUCUCUGUCUCUAUAUUAAAUAAAAUACGAUUGUAUGAAAUGUAA